AUGACACACCAUAAGUGUAAAUCUGUCCAAUUGUCUGGGCAUGCCCAGUUCAACAGUUCAGGAUGUUUCCAAAGACUGACAGUAUGGACUAUAAGAAACUAUCAAAUUUUGAAUGAUGCCAUUGUGAUAAAACUGACCUGCAAAGAUGAGUUGCUACUUCGUAUCUGUAUCCAUGAGAUAGCAGCAGUGUGUUACAUCAAAGACGACAAUGACUACAUUCUACCGAUUAAAUACGGAGUUCCAGAGAAAUGUAACUCGGCCGUACUUUAUGUUGACGACAAGAUGCAAGCUGAAGAAAUUUGUGCAUUGGUCGACCAAUGUUUCCAGCUUGUUUAUGCCAAUGUAGCCAUUCAGUUCAUCAACAUCAACUUAAAUGGUGCUUUCGGAACAUCAGUGCCUUCUUCAAACACACAGAGUGACUCCACCACCAUUAACAAUGCCCCAGACACAGCACUGAAACCAUCGUAUAUAACAACCUCUGACCAGAACCUUACCAAGAACAACACUUCAUCCUACAGCCGUUCCCCAAAAGCAUCCAAACGCACAAUUAGCGUAACCACCGAAAGUGAGAUUAGUCUGACUGGUGGUUAUUAUUCUGAGGUCAUUCAAGAUUAUCUGAAGAAGCUGCACAAAUGCCUCACCAAAACAGAACUGUGUCAGUUUGCUGUUCUGCUCACUGCCCGACAGAAAGGUGCAACCACAGGAGAAUUUUGCAAAGAAGUUUUCAAUUUGUUCGGACAAGAAAGGAAGCAUAUGAUGACUGGCAUGGGUCCUUUCAUAGAAGCAAAAGACUAUCAUGUGUUUGAAGAAUUCCUGUCUAAAAAUUCUAUGGCGCUUCCAGCAAAUGGCCAUGGUACCAUCUCCAGCUUCCACAGCAAUUCUCAGCUCUGCAAAGACAACGGCAUUACAACUCACUCAAUAAACAGCGGAGAUAUGGAUGAAUUUGAUCGAAUGAUGGACUGCAUCUCGGAUCAGAUCGAUAACAUGGAGAACAGUGUCGAUGUGGACAGCUUUGUGUCAUGAAAUCUGACUUU